AAGAGCGAAGUCACUGCAGCUCAUCCGACCGAAAAAACUAACAAAACAAAACAGCAAAGACGCCAGCAUGCACGGAUUCUGUUGGAGACUUGUUGUUUUUUCCUGCGUGAUUUCGGAGAGUUUCUCCCAAGAGUUUGGUGGACAGACGCAGUUCAUUUGCACGUCGGUGCCCAAGGAUAUCGACAUUUGCGCAGCCACGUUGCAGAACAGCGUGCCGGGGGAAGACUUGAAGACCACGGUCAUGCAGCUGCGGGAGACGGUUUUACAGCAGAAGGAGACAAUCAUCAACCAGAAAGAGACUAUCAGAGAACUGACCUCCAAGUUGACGCGGUGUGAGAGCCAGAGCGGCUCCGAGCCCGGAGACGCACGAAGCGGAGGCAGGAGGAAAGAAACGGGGGCCAAGAACACCAUGGGGGACGUGUCGAGGGGCCCCGCGGACACUUUGACGCAGCUAUCACAGACUUUGCAGUCGCUGAAGCAGAGAUUAGAAAAUUUGGAGCAAUUCAGCAGAAGUAACAACUCAGUGCAGGCGAACAGCCUGAAAGACCUGCUCCAAAGUCGAAUCGACGACUUGGAGAAGCAGGUUCUCUCCCGGGUGAAUAGCAUGGAGGAGGGGAAGCCCGGACUCCGGAAUGAGACGGAGCAGCGUGGGAGAGUAGAGUCCACUCUCACAUCUCUACACCAGAGAAUCACCGACCUGGAGAAAGGCCAAAGAGAAAACAGACCGCUGGAUAAAUUCCAGCUCACGUUUCCUUUAAGAACCAACUACAUGUAUGCAAAGGUGAAGAAGAGUUUGCCAGAGAUGUACGCCCUUACUGUCUGCAUGUGGCUCAAGUCCAAUGCAUCCCCUGGAGUGGGAACACCUUUCUCCUAUGCAGUUCCAGGCCAGGCCAAUGAGCUAGUACUCAUCGAGUGGGGAAAUAAUCCAAUGGAGAUACUAAUAAAUGACAAGGUUGCAAAGCUGCCAUUUCUCAUCAACGAUGGAAAGUGGCAUCAUAUCUGUGUAACCUGGACAACUCGUGAUGGUGUAUGGGAAGCUUUCCAAGAUGGUGUCAAGAGAGGAAGUGGAGAGAAUCUGGCUCCUUAUCAUCCUAUCAAACCACAGGGCUUGCUGAUCCUUGGCCAGGAACAGGACACGCUCGGAGGAGGAUUUGAUGCCACACAAGCUUUUGUUGGAGACUUGGCAAAUUUCCACAUCUGGGAUCGGAAACUGUCUGUGGGAGAGAUUUAUAAUCUAGCGACCUGCAGCAGCAAAGCUCAAGUGGGCAAUGUUUUUGCAUGGAUGGAGACAAGCCUUGAUAUUUACGGAGGAGCCUCAAAGUGGACAUUUGAAGCUUGUCGUCAGCUGAACUGAACUGCAGGGAGGAGAGACUCUGGUGCAUUUGCAAAAGCCAGUGUUGUUACCCGCACUGGUAACUAUUAUGAAAGAUCAUGAGGACGUUCCUGCAGUAUAUAGCAUCUGGAAUUUUCUUAUAGAUAUUUGAAAACCUUAUUUGUGGACAAUUUGACAGAUUUUUACCAGAUUUUCCUGAGCGAGAGAUCACUGAAAAGAAACACGGUAUCCUGUGGUGCUCAAAUGCACAUCAGGUCUGCUUACAAUAUCCUUUGAAAAAGCAGGUUAUGCCAAUCCUGAGAACAGAGAACGCCCCUCUAGAUAAAAAAAGAAAGUUGAGCUAGCUUCAAAAAUACAGUUGGAGGUUGUCUAGUUUUUAGAAAAGAGAUGUCACACAAUUCAACAAAAUGACAGACUUCUUCAAAUGUCUUUUGUGUCUCGACUGCCAGGGAUUUUCACUGUGAAAAAGGGCAAGGUGGAUUUCUUCGAAAGGAGGUCUUCAAGACCAUACAAAAUAGACAACAUUGUCCCUCUGUCACUCUUCUUUCUCUACCACCACCUGCUUGACGUGAUUUUGUGCAAAGAAUGACAUAUAUUCAUUGCCAACAUUUGAGCCUGAGUGCCUUGGGCUGUAGAAAAAUAUCUCAGCACAUCCAUCAUCCUUUGCAGAGUGUUUGUGCAUUUGUGUUUAUUUUCUUGUAAAUUAGUUUAAAAAAAAAAAGAUGUUUGUUGUAACACUUGGAAUGAAAGUAGACCGGAUUGUUUAUCGUGAAAUGCAGUUCAUUGAUGACAGUGAUGCAUUUGGCAGUUCCUUGAACUUCAGUGGGAAUGUUCUCUGUACAGUAACAGCAUGUCUUAACUUCUGUAAUGCUGCGACAGCAUCUAUGAUCUUUGCUUUACUAUCCUACUUUUAGGUUGAGGUUUUAUACGUUAUUGUUAUAUGCUUAAAGCAUGGCAACACUGACAGAUUAAAAAAAAGGUUCUAGUUUUUGUAAUAAAUUGUGAUACUUGAAUCAUAAUGCAGGUGUUAGUUUUUAUUUUUGCACAGUUGUGACACAGGUGUUGAAUCUGACCUGAGCUCAGAGUAGUAAAACUACAGCAAACACUGAAGGUAAAUUUAAUGGCUUUCCUGUUGAUGGAAACAGUCCCAUCUCAAAAUCAUUGAGUCCACUUCAAGGCAGUGGUUGUGACGAGACGAGCAGAGACGCCCUCCCCAUCUCCUCCCAGUCCUCAGGAACGUCCUCCAGCUCCUUCUGGGGGAAUCCCUAGAUGUUUCCGAGUCCAAGCUGGUCUGACCCAACUCUGUCCAGCUGGACUCACCUGCCAAACCUCUAUAGGUGGCUGAACUUUGCAGGACAACCAGUGGACAUUGAACUCCUCCUGGAUUUCCAAACUUCUCACCUGAUCAGGAAAAUUCAGAGAAAUAUGCAGAAAAACAGAUGGUAAUCAUGUUCUUUUGGAAAUCAUCCACAUCCAUGGAUUAAAAAUCAGUCUCUACCCUAUUUUCUCAAUAAAGGGACUCAUUUGGGCUACUGACACUCAUCACAGAAAAUCAGCGCAUAUAAUAGUUUCAUAAAUCUCAGGCCCAUUCACUUUACAACCCCCGAGUAAACAGAAGACCACUAAAUCCCACAUUUCAUAAAACAGAAAUGAAUUGCAUCUGCGUACUUGGUUGAGAGAUUAUUACCACAGAGAACACUGUCCAUGAAUGAUCCAAAUUGUGUGUUGUGAAAACAGAUCAGAGGUGUAAUCAUCAGUACUCAAAACAUGCCUGGUGGAGGUCACGUCAACACAGAGGCUACUGUAUAUUCACACGGACAGCCCAAAUCUGAUUUUUAGCCAUCCUAAUUGUAUAUCUGGUUGGAUUUUCUGGACACUCUGACAGUCUGAACAACAAACAUAUGGAACUGGAUUCAAACCACACAUGGCGGUGGUUUUAUAUGUGAUUUCAAUGAGAUAUCCACACAUGUAUCUCAAUUUGAGUGGUGUGGAUGCUCAAACGAGAUUUCACAUUGGUUUUAUGUCCGUAGGAUCGCAACACAAUUAAUGACUAUGUGAGAGAUGGACGUGAGAGGGGAUUAAUCUACUGGUGAGCCUUAGCAAUCCAUUAACAAGCAGCUAAUCUACCUGGAUCAUGCACCGUGCUGUGCUGCCGUGCUGGCAGAGACAGCUGCCUGAAGCACAGCCUCCUCCCUCUUUGGUGCUUCUUGUUAACUUGCAGUUCCACAUACAUAACAGUUUGUGACAGUAGGCCACCAAUUCCCCAGCCUCCUUUUAAAAUAAAAAAUCUACAUCUGUUCUAUAGGUUGCCACAGCAACUAUUUUGAUCGAGAAGAUCAGGGGGGCAAUGAUUGACAGGAAAGGGGGAAAAGGACGCGUUUUUCACUGCGCAAAAAACACUGUCAUAAAAAAAGCCAGGCAUGGAGUACUGGAGUGAAGUUUUUCUUGUUACACCCUUUUAGACACAUUUG